GUGUUGGCCUCUACCUGCACUGUGACCGGCCCCACUGUCAUCGACGUCCAAGGCCAUAUGAACUCCAUCCAGGAUCGGUGUGCGUACUCUCUGUUCUCGACUCCGUUACUCCCAGAGUUCCUUGUUCUGGGGAACUUCAGGGACAGACGUCGUAAAGAUGUGAGCUUUUUGGACAGUGUGACGCUGCGUGUGGACGGGCAUGACAUUCACCUGGAACAAGGUGGGAGAGUUCAGCUGGACGACUCCACACUGACCCUCAGCAGCUCAUCUCAGCUGGUUCAUGGUGUGCAGCUCUCUAAGGACCAAACUGGAGUCACUGCCAAGCUGUCGCUCUCCAACCUCAACAUCUCUGUCUUCUUUGAUGGCAACACCGCACAGAUCCACGUAGAAGGUACAGAAGAUAAAGUUUAAUUCUUGUAACAUAAA